GAGAAAUUCAAGGGAAGCAACUGCUACAAAAUAGUGGGGACAGUGUUUUGCUUUUGCAGACUAGAAUGGAUCUCUUUGAUGACUUACCUGAACCAGGAGGUAAUAAGUCAGCAAACACAAGUCUCUAUGAUGAAUUACCAACACAGGAUAAUUCUAGAAAACCGUGGUCUACCAGCAACACGUCCCUCUCCCUGUAUGAUGACAUACCAACACAGUCUACUCCUGAAACAACCCAGUCUGUACCCAAUGAUGCCCAGUCUGUUACUAAGGCAACACCAUCUGUUCCAAAUGAUGCCCAGUCUAUUACCAAGGCAACACAAUCAUGUGCAGCAGGAAAUGGGAAACAUAAACUGGAAGAAGAAAGUACCAAUGAAGAUUUACAUAAGAAACAAAAGCUAGGAGUAGUGUAUGAAAUAGACAGCUAUAUUGUGGAGAGGCAAGGAGAGAGAGAGGAUAUGCAAGACGCCCAUCUUAUCAUGCAAGAUUUUACAUCAGAAAUACCUAAUCUACAUUCUUCUAUUUACAGAGUGUCCAUGUAUGGCGUGUUUGACGGACAUGGAGGAGUCAGAGCUUCGAGGUUUGCAUCAGAGAAUUUGCAUAAAAAUCUCCGAGAUAAAUUUCCUAAGGGUGAUAUAACAGUAGUGGAGAAAGAGAUAAGGAAAGCUUUUAUUGAUGCGUUCAAAAAGACAGAUGAGGAUUUCCUGAAACAAGCAACAAAAUCGAAGCCAGUAUGGAAGGAUGGUACCACAGCUAUAUUGGUUCUCCUCAUUAAUGAAACCAUGUAUAUUGCCAACAUUGGUGACAGCCAGGCAGUGUUAUGUCGUUAUAAAGAAGACACUAAGACAUGUGUUCCUGUACCUCUCAGUAUUCCCCACAAUCCCUCCCUGUACGAUGAGAGAAUGAGAAUACAAAAACAAGGGGGUCAUGUCAAGGAUGGUCGUGUAAUGGGUGUACUGGAAGUAUCUAGGUCAAUAGGGGAUGGUCAGUAUAAAAAACUAGGUGUUACCUGUACACCUGAUGUGAAGAAAUGCUCUAUAACUGACAAUGAUAGAUAUGUGAUAAUAGCUUGUGAUGGACUGUGGAAAUGUUUUGAACCAGCUGACAGCAUUAAUUUUACAAAUAAAAUAUUACAAAAUGAUGGCUCUAGUUCUAAAGAAACAGAAGAAAAUAAAACAAGAAAUAAUAGAUAUGAGACUGCAUGCAAUAAACUAGCUAAUGAGGCAGUGUUACGGUUCAGUGGAGAUAAUGUGACAGUGUUAUUAUUGGCAAUAAGGAAAUGUAGAUGAGACUUUGACAGUUAUACCUGUUGCUGAAAUGUUAUGGUAAUCCCCUGCAUUAUACACAAACAGUUAUUCCAGGAGAUUGCCAUCACUUGUUUAAGUGUUUAUUAUAUUCUAUAAACAUACAUGGUUAUGAUGGUAACUUUUAAUUAAGUUAUCUUUUGUACAGAAAAGUGUACUAAUGUAGCAAUAAGUGGGUAUGAAGUGUAUAAUAACAUGUAGUUGUAUCCUAGUUUGGAGACCUUUCUAUUGAAAAUGUGGCGGAGUUAAAUCCUAUACCCAUAAAUUGUAUCAUAGUUUGCAGACCUUUCUAUUGAAAAUGUGUCGGAGGUAAAUCGUAUACCCAUAAAUUGUAUCAUAGUUUGGAGAACUUUCUAUUGAAAAUAUGUCAGAGUUAAAUUGUAUACCCAUACAUGCUCAGUGUGGUAACUGGAGUGCAGGUAUAAGUUACGUGCACUCCAACUACCGCACUUCCUCCUGAGGAUAAACAUAGAGCAUGCUCGAUGAUUGGCUACAUUUUUUUCUGGGGUUUACUUUUUGUGACAACAGGGAAAGAGAUAAUGAUAAAAAAUCAUAUUCAGAUGCUCAUACAUUGUUUUAUUUAUUCUUAUUUUAUAUUGUGAAGACAGGGACUGUGUUUUUAUUUUUGCCUAUGCUGGGACCAAAAAUAUAGUUUUGGUCCCAGGCCUAUGAUACAAAAGAGAAAGUGCACCAAAAAAAGUCUGAUUUAUUCUUGCAGCUAUUAAAUUGGAAACUAAAGCGAAUAUUCAGUGAUACACAUGUCAAAUUGGAUAUAGAAUGAUAAUUAAAGCUUGUAAUUAAAUUUUAACAAGUUGAGAAAAUAUGAAAAUUAUGUUUGGAUUUCCUUUUUAUAAGCUUGUUAAAUUUUGCAUGUUAUGUUUUGCACCUGGCAAUAAGUCUGUCUGUCUGUUAACAAUUUCGUGUCCAUUCUUUAUUUUUGUAACAAUUGAAGAAUAUUAUAAUAAUCAAUCUAGAAGGUUUUAAGCUGUCUAAGGAUUUGAUACAAUCAUCUAUCUUAAAGUAGUAAAUUUUUAGCUCGACUAUUCACAGAAUAGCUAAUGCAGUCACCCAUUUGUCGGCGUCGGCGUCCCUGAUGUUAAAUUUUUAUUUUUAUGCCCCCCAUCAAAGAAGUGGGGGUACAUUACUUUGCAUUUGUCUGUCGGUAAGUCCGUCUGUCGCUCCGUAGACCAAAUGGUUUUCGAGUGAUAACUAAAGAACGCUUAGGCCUAGGAAAUUCAAUUUUGGUAUGAUGAUUGUACAUGACCAGUAGAUGACCCCUAUUGAUUUUGGGGUGAAAGGUCAAGGUCACAUUGACCUUGUAGGUAAAAACGGUUUCCGUGUGAUAACUGAAGAACACUUAGGCCUAGGAACUUCAAACUUGGUAUGAUGGUUGUUCAUGACCAGCAGAUGAUCCCUUUUGAUUUUGGGGUCAAGGGGUCAAAGGUCAAGUUCACAUUGACCUUGUAGGUAAAAACAGUUUCUGAUAAAUAAUUGAAGAACGCAUAGGCCUAUGUACUUCAAACGUGGUUUGAUGAUUGUUCAUGACCAGCAGAUGACCCCUGUUGAUUUUUGGGUCAAGGGGACAAUUUUCGAGGGGUUUAAGGUCAAAGUAACAUUUACCUUGCAGGUAGAAACGGUUUCUAAUCAAUACCUAAAGAACGCUUAGGCCUAGGAAGGUUAAUCUUGGUUUGAUGAUUGUUUAUGACCAGCAGAUGACCCCUAUUGAUUUUUGGGGUCAAAGGUCAAGGUCACAUUUACCUUGUAGGUAAAAACGGUUUCCGAUCAAUAAUUAAAGAAUGCUUAGGCCUAGCAACUUCAAACUUGGUAUUAUGAUUGUUCAUGACCAGCAGAUGACCCCUAUUGAUUUUGUGGUCAAGAGUUCAAAGGUCAAGGUUACAUUGACCUUGUAGAUGAAAACGAUAUCCAAUCAAUAACAAAAGAACGCUUAGGCCUAGGAACUUCAAACUUGGUAUGAUGAUUGUUCAUGACCAGCUGAAGACCCUAUUGAUUUCGGGGUCAAGGGGUCAAAUGUCAAGGUCACAUUGACCUUGUAGGUAAACCAGUUUCCUAUCAAUAACUUUACAACCCAUGGGCUGUUGGUCCUCAAACUUGGUAGGUGCAUUGACAAGUAGAUGACCUCUAUUGAUUUUGGGGUCAAGGGGUCAAAGAUCAAGGUUGCAUUGACCUUGUAGUAAAAAAGGUUUGCUAUCAAUGACUUGACAAGCUAUGGGCUUUUGGCCCUCAAAUUUUGAAGGUGCAUUAAUCUUGGCCAGUAGGGGUCUGGGGAACAAAGGUCAAGGUUGCAUUGACCUUGUAUUUCAAGAUGGUUUUCUAUCAAUAACUGGACAACCCAUGGACUCUUGACCUUCAAGCUUUACAGAUACAUUGCUUUGGUCAGAAGAUGACCUCAAUGGAUUUUUUGGCGUUAAAGGGACUCCACUGAUGUUUUUUGACAUGACGGGACUGGAAAUAAUUUUUUGAGUUUAUUACUCCAUUUGAUGUAGAUCUAUACUAAUAACUUAUGUGCAAAAUUUUAGAUCAUUAGCUUGCUCUGUUUUUCCAGAAUAAUUAUUAUAAUAGUGAAAAAUGACCCAAAAUUGAAAAGCGUUUAAACGCUUUUCACUCAAAUCGGACUGAGAAUACUAGUAACACAAACAUAUGACUUUCAAUGUAUUUCUUUUGUAUUUCUUAGUUAUAUUUUAUUAAUAUUUCUGUUUAAAGUGCUCAUAUUUAUCUAUGUGAAAAAAAAUGUUAUGUUUUAGGCUUUUAAACCUCAGUGGAGUUCCUUUAAGGGAUCAGAGGUCAAGCUCACAUUGACCUUUCUGAUCAAUAUCCAAACUCAUGUGCCCUUUACCUUCAAACUUUACAAGUGCAUUGGUCUUGGCCAGUAGAUAACCCCUAUUGAUUUAGGGUCAAAGGUCAAAGUUAUAUUGACCUUGUAUUAAAGACUGUUUCUGACCAAUAACUCAACAACUCGAGUUGCAUUGGUUGGUAUUUUUUAUUAAACUUAAAAUCUUUUUGGUAUACACACACAACAAGCCUUAGUACCUUUUAGGACAAUUUUAUGUAUUCAUAUAGAUAAGCAUUAUUAUACUCAAUAAAACAUCCUUGUGACAACUUUUUGGAAUAGUGGAGCAUUGCUGUCCUCCGACAGCUCUAGUUAUUUGUUUAUGUCUUCAGAGCCAUGCAAAUAUUUCUAUAACUACUGUAAUUUGGAACACUAUGUUUUGGUCACUGUCAAAAUCUGGCAAUAGUUUGUCUAUACAACUUAUCGUGCGCAUUAAUUUCUCACCAUUUAGUGAGAAGAUUGAUGAAAGAUUCAAUUUAUUAUGUGGCAAGAAAACAUUUGUAACAAAUCAAAAUUUUCAGACUACUUUAUAAAAUUAUUGAAAGAAAUGCACAUUGACUUGCUUGUUUAAUUGUUUAUAUGUAUGCAGAGGUCAAAGAGGUUAACAAAUUUGUUUAUUAACUUAGCAAAUAUGUAGAUCAAUAUAGGUAAAUGAAAUGUCAGAUUGAUCUUAUAAUUCAGUGGUAAUUGUAAAAGUGAGAAGUAAGAAUAUUUUGUUGAUUUUUCUCUCCAGUUCUUUUCAUACAUACUACAUAAUUAGUUUAGUUUAUACAAAUUUAUUUUAGUUUGAUUGUGUUGGAAGCUAUAUGCAUAUUGAAACACCCUCGAAUAUGUUCCUGGAACCAACCAGAACUAAGCAAUGAAUUUAAAGUUCCUUUAUUAAGGAAACAACGGCCUGCCCCUGACAGGGUUUGAACCCACGUGAUCAGCAAUGCUUAGAUCUCUAGUCCGACGCAUUAACCACUCAACCUUGCUGUCACUGCACUACUACAUAAUUAUAAUGCGCUUUUCUUGUUUUUAGCUCACCUGUCACAAACUGACAGGGUGAGCUUUUGUGAUCGCUUUUCGUCCGGCGUCCGUCCGGCGUCCGUCCGUAAACUUUUACUUUAAAUGACAUCUCCUCAUAAACCACUAAGCCAAUUUCAUCCAAACUUCACAGGAAUGUUCCUUUGGUGGUCACCUUUAAAAAUUGUUCAAAGAAUUUAAUUCCAUGCAGAACUCUGGUUGCCAUGGCAACCGAAAGAAAAAACUUUUAUUAUCUUCUUUUAAAAAACCGAAAGAGCUAGAGCUUAGAUAUUUGGCAUGAAACAUCUUCUAGUGAGUGUCUACCAAGUUUGUUCAAAUAAAAGCCCUGGGGUCAAAAUUGGCCCCGCCCCAGGGGGUCGUUGAUUUUCCCUAUAUGCAUAUAGUAAAAACUUAAAAAUCUUCUUUUAAAGAACCAAAAGAGCUAGAGCUAAGAUAUUUAGCAUGAAACAUCUUCUAAUGAGUGUCUACCAAGUUUGUUCAAAUAAAAGCCCUGGGGUCAAAAUUGGCCCCGCCCCAGGGGGUCGUUGAUUUUCCCUAUAUGCAUAUAGUAAAAACUUAAAAAUCUUCUUUUAAAGAACCAAAAGAGCUAGAGCUAAGAUAUUUAGCAUGAAACAUCUUCUAAUGAGUGUCUACCAAGUUUGUUCAAAUAAAAGCCCUGGGGUCAAAAUUGGCCCCGCCCCAAGUGGUCUUUGAUUUUCCCUAUAUGCAUAUAGUAAAAUCUUAAAAAUCUUCUUUUAAAGAACUCAAAGAGCUAGAGCUAAGAUAUUUAGCAUGAAACAUGUUCUAAUGGGUGUCUACCAAGUUUGUUCAAAUAAAAGCCCUUGGGUCAAAAUUGGCCCCGCCCUGGGGAUCAUUGAUUUUCCCUAUAUGUAUAUAGUAAAAACUUAAAAAAUCUUCUUUUAAAGAACUCAAAGAGCUAGAGCUAAGAUAUUUAGCAUGAAACAUGUUCUAAUGGGUGUCUACCAAGUUUGUUCAAAUAAGAGCCCUGGGGUCAAAAUUGGCCCUGCCCCGGGGGUCAUUGAUUUUCCUUAUAUGUGUAUAGGAAAAACUUAAAAAACAUCUUUGAAAAAAACCCAAAUAGCUAGAGUUUAUAAAUUAAGCAUGAAACAUGUUCUAAUGGGUGUCUACCAAGUUUGUUCAAAUAAAAGCCCUGGGGUCAAAAUUGGCACCGCCCCGGGGUCAUUGAUUUUUCCUGUAUGUAUAUAGUAAAAACCUAAAAAAUCUUCUUUUAAAAAACCCAAUGAGAUACAGCUUAGAUGUUUAGCAUGAAACAUCUUCUUAUGGGUGUCUACCAAGUUUGUUCAAAUAAAAGCCCUUGGGUUGAAAUUGGCCCUGCCGGGGAUAGGGGAGGGCAGAUCAUUGUUUUUCAUUUUAAGUGUGUACAUCAUGAAACAUCUUCCUAUAGGUGUCUUCCAAGUUUGUUCAAAUAAAACCCCUGGGGUUUAAACUGGCCCCGCUCCAGGGGCCUACAUAUAGGUGAGCGACCUUAGGGCCAUCAUGGCCCUCUUGUUUAUGCAAGUUAUUUUUUAAUUGAAGUAUAUUUAUCUCAUUUAUGCCUGUUGUAGAAGAUAAUAUAUCAAAAUAAAAUGUGUAUAAGUUUAAUCAUAAUAAUUUGGUUUAUCACUUGCAGCUGAUAUAUAUUCUUUCAGGUUUAUAUGUAACUUACUCAGAGUCUUUGUAAUUAUGCUUUUUGCCUAUAAGAAAAAUUGAGCCGUGUCAUGACAAAACCAAUAUAAUGGGUUUGCGACCAGCAUGGAUCCAGACCAGCCUGUGCCUCCGUGCAGUCUGAUCAGGCUCCAUGUUGUUUGCUAUCAGUUUCUCUACUUGUUUUAGGGUUUGUAAGCAAACUGCAUGGAUCCUGAUCAGACUGCGCGGAUGCACAGGCUGGUCUGGAUCCAUGCUGGUCGUAAACCCAUUACGUUGGUUUUGUCUUGACACAGCUCAAUUGUUGAUUUUUGAAAACAGGGAUAAUGGCUCAAGAAAAAUAACUGUCGGGCAAAAUUUGAGAUCCAAACAAAAUCAGCGCAUUCUGUGCUUUGAUUGAAUCUGGGACAAAAGAUAUUUUUUGUCCCAGAAUUAAGACAGUGAUCUGGUCUGUACCUGUUUCAGUUGUAGUAAUUUGCGUCAGACAUAAUUAAUUAGAUCAACAUGAGCUGUCCUACUUAUCUGGCGGGAAGUUAAAGUUGUGCAUUUUCUUUACCAACAUUGUGUCUCUUCAACCACUUUACACAUCUUUACAUCAUAAUAGGAGGUCAAUUUCUAAAGUCAGUAAGCACUCAAUGAACAAAGAAAAAAUCCUUGUUCAAGUUCCACAUGUAACAUUAAUUUCCAAAGCCACUUAAGGAUUUCACUUGAAGCAUGAGGCAUGUUUUUUUUUCAUCAUAAUUGGAGGUCAAUGUCCAAGGUCCAUAGUCCAAGGCAUGGAUUUUGACUGAAUAAUGACCAUUUUUGACCUUGGAAACAUGCAUCAUUAUUCUUCAAAACUAUUGAAGGUAUCUAAAUGAAUACAAUUUUAUUUUGGAAUGGUAUUUGGAUUUCACUGUCAAAGGCUCAGAAUGCUUUGCAUGUAUUUUUAAUGGCACAUUAAAUAAUGGUUUUAGAUUAUGUUUGAUGCUUUUUACCAAAAGGAAUGUAAGGCUGAAUGUGAAAUUAUUUGUCAAAUAUGUAGUAAAAUGUAAACAAAGUAGUAUUUUGACUUCCAUACAAAGUACAAAUUACUGCUACUGUACUAAUUUCCAUACAGCAGCAGAAGCAAAAUAUGGUUAAGUUAAAUUGCCUAUGAGUAUCUUUUUGGAAACUACUAUAGGACACAAAAUAUAAAAAGCUUUUGAGAAAUGAAAAUAAAGGUAUAUAAAAGUAUUUCUGAGGCAUACUGGUCCACAAUGGUAAUUUGUGAACGUAGAAAGUUCAGCUCUUGUUAUAUAUAUUUAGCCUGUGUUAUUGACUGAUGAAUGUUUGUUUUUAGAAAGUUCAGCUCUUGUUAUAUAUAUUUAGCCUGUGUUAUUGACUGAUGAACGUUUGUUUUUAGCUCACCUGUCACAAAGUGACAGGGUGAGCUUUUGUGAUCGCUUUUCGUCCGGCGUCCGUCGUCGGUCGUCCGUAAACUUUUACUUUAAAUGACAUCUCCUCAUUAACCACUCAGCCAAUUUCAUCCAAACUUCACAGGAAUGUUCCUUUGGUGGUCACCUUUGAAAAUUGUUCAAAGAAUUUAAUUCCAUGCAGAACUCUGGUUGCCAUGGCAACCAAAAGAAAAAACUUAAAAUAUCUUCUUCUAAAAAACCCAAAGAGCUAGAGCUUAGAUUUUUGGCAUGAAACAUCUUCUGGUGAGUGUCUACCAAGUUUGUUCAAAUAAAAGCCCUGGGGUCAAAAUUGGCCCCGCCCCAGGGGGUCAUUGAUUUUCCCUAUAUGCAUAUUGUAAAAACUUAAAAAUCUUCUUUUAAUGAACCAAAAGAGCUAGAGCUAAGAUAUUUAGCAUGAAACAUGUUCUAAUGGAUGUCUACCAAGUUUGUUCAAAUUAAAGCCCUUGGAUCAAAAUUGGCCCCGCCCCAGGGGGUCAUUGAUUUUCCCUAUAUACAGAUAGUAAAAACUUUAAAAAAUCUUCUUUUUAAGAGCACAAAGAGCUAGAGCUAAAUUAUUUAGCAUGAAACAUCUUCUAAUGGGUGUCUUCCAAGUUUGUUCAAAUAAAAGCCCUUGGGUAAAAAUUGGCCACGCCCCAGGGGGUCAUUGAUUUUCCCUAUAUGCAUAUAGUAAAAACUUAAAAAAUCUUCUUUUAAAGAACUCAAAGAGCUAGAGCUAAGAUAUUUAGCAUGAAACAUCUUCUAAUGGAUGUCUACCAAGUUUGUUCAAAUAAAAACACUGGGGUCAAAAUUGGCCCCGCCCCAGGGGGUCAUUGAUUUUCCCUAUAUGCAUAUAGUAAAAACUUAAAAAUCUUCUUUUAAUGAACCAAAAUAGCUAGAGCUAAGAUAUUUAGCAUGAAACAUGUUCUAAUGGAUUUCUACCAAGUUUGUUCAAAUAAAAGCCCUGGGGUCAAAAUUGGCCCCGCCCCAGGGGGUCAUUGAUUUUCCCUAUAUACAUGUACAUAUAGUAAAAACUUAAAAAAAUCUUCUUUUAAAGAACCCAAAGAGCUAAAGCUAAGAUAUUUAACAUGAAACAUUUUCUAAUGGGUGUCUUCCAAGUUUGUUAAAAUAAAAGCCCCGGGGUUUAAACUGGCCCGCUCAGGGGGCCUAUGUACAGGUGAGCGACUUCAGGGCCAUCAUGGCCCUCUUGUUUACAAUACCAACAUCUUUAGGUUUUUAUGUUAAUAAAAAAUGUUGUUAAUCAUUUACACUACCAUUUAGUGAAAAAGCAAUGCCAUUAACCUGAUUUUCCAAUACCUUUUACAUAAUGGAGUUUAUUGUAAUAAAUAACGCAACAUUUAAACAUUUGUUUAUCAUUCAUUUAUGUUUGACUGAGAUCAUAGACUUAUAAAGAUAAAAAAAGA